AUGACUUCCUGGCUACGUAAAUACGACAAUCCUGUGCUGCUCUUCCUGCUUUUGGCCGCUAACAUCACCAGCGGGAGCUCGCAUUCCGGUGAGCGUGUGUGUUCGUCUCCUCCUGUCUCAUCAUGUUCAGAGUGCAUCCAACGCGGACCACGAUGUGCCUGGUGCUUUCAGGAGCGUUUCCUGGAUGGAGCUGAGGUGGGAGAGCGCUGUGACCUGGCAGUGACCCUGGCCAGGAGGGGGUGUGGCCUAGAAUUCAUAGAGCAUCCAGAGGUCAUGGUGGAGGUCAACCCUAUGACCAGCAGAACCCAGGUUUCACCUGGAGAGAUCACACUUACACUCCGACCAGGUGCUGAGGCCAGUGUGGUAGUAGCAGUACAACAGUUAGAGAGGUAUCCUGUUGAUCUGUACUACCUGGUGGACGUAUCAGCAUCCAUGCAGGACAACCUGGACCAGCUGAAGAAGGUGGGCGUGGCCUUGUCCACCCGUAUGAGAGAACAUUCCAGUGAUCUGCGCCUGGGGUUCGGCUCCUUUGUUGACAAAAAUGUCUCUCCCUACAUCAACGUACACCCCUCCAAGAUAAACAACCCCUGCAGUGACUACGAGGUGAAGUGUCUUCCAGCUCAUGGCUUCCACCAUGUUCUUAGUAUGACGUCCAACAUGUCAGAAUUUACACGCAUCAUCAAGAGACAGAGGAUAUCAGGCAACAUGGACACACCUGAGGGAGGGCUGGAUGCUAUGCUGCAAGCUACUGUAUGCCAGGGAGAGGUGGGUUGGCGUGGGGAGGCCAAGCGUCUGUUGUUGUUGAUGACAGACCAGCCUUCUCACCUGGCGUUGGACAGCAGACUGGCUGGUAUAGUCACACCCCAUGAUGGACUCUGUCAUCUGGAGAACAGUGUUUAUAUGAAGAGUUCUACCAUGGACCAUCCCAGUUUAGGCCUGCUGGCCGAGAAGCUUCUAGAGAACCACAUCUAUUCUCUCUUUGCCGUGGAACACCUACAAUAUCAGUGGUAUGAGGAGCUGGUCACGUUGCUACCGGGCUCCAGUCUUCUGUUCCAGGCUCCCAACCUCAUAGACCUGGUAGUGGAUGCAUACAAGAGGUUGUUGUCAGUUGUCCAGGUGUCUGUGUCAGUGGAGGACAGAGCGUUCAGUCGUUUUCUGGUCAGUGUCUCUCCUCUUUGUCCGGAAGGAUCUGAAUCCCACGACCACAGCUGUUCCAAUGUCCAGCCCAACCAGACGGUCUACUUCAACAUCACCAUCGGCCUGCUGUCCUGUCCUGAUGAUGAUGAUGAAGAUGACGUGGUCCAGGUCUUCGUCAGGCCCGUGGGUUACAAUGAGUCAGUCGUCAUCAAGGUUCGAUCACGAUGUCGCUGUCGCCGUUGCCACGACGACGCAACCCACCAGUCGUCUUGUGGAGAGGACACCCCAGACACAGAUCAUAAUAAUCAAGGAGUCAACACACACACACACCUCUCACACGCACUCACCUCUCACACACACACACCGGAGUUGAACCUAGAGCACACACACUCCCAGGAGGGGCCGCGGCAGUGUGGUGCGGAGGCAUCAGAGGUGGACUGUAGCGGUCGGGGAGUGUGUGUGUGUGAGAGGUGUGUGUGUGAGAGGAACAGUCUGGGGACGGUGUAUGGAACGUACUGUCAGAUGGACGACUACUCCUGCCCCUACCAACGCGAAAUACUGUGUGGAGGACGAGGUGUGUGUGUGUCCGGUGAGUGUGUUUGUGAGGAGGGCUGGACAGGGGAGAGCUGCGGGUGCCCGGUCUCCACGGCAACCUGCCUGCUCAACAACGGGUUGCUAUGCAGUGGGCGUGGCAGGUGUGUGUGUGGCAGGUGUGUGUGUGAUGACCAUCAACAUUCUGGAGAGUUCUGUGAGAGAUGCCCCACCUGCCACAGCUCCUGUCAGUCACACUGGAGGUGUAUAGACUGUCACUUGUCUCACGGUCUGUCUCAGAGAAAGAUGGGGCAUUGCAACCAUACCUGCCCCCCAUUGGUGGUUUAUGUCAAUGAUGUCACAGGUGAGGUAUGGAGACAGUGUGUUUAUAUGAAAGACAACUGUCGCUAUCGCUUCUACACUGAGCUGUUCUCAAGAAAUACUCAGCUACACAUCAACACACAGCCUGAGUGUGUAUCCAGAGGGCGGUACAUGAGGAUGUUUGUCAGUGUGUGUGUGUUGACAUUCCUCUCUGGCCUGGUGAUGAUCGCUGUACUGGUGUUGCUGCUGCAGAGACGAUCUCUGCCACAGGGUGGCGCCACUGACCCACAAUACAACCCCACUGGCAAGGACCAGUCGUACAUCCCAACCACCAAUGAGAAGACCACAUCCUACUGGAGGAACUGCCCCCUGGACCCUGACCAGCCAAUGGAGAUGUAUAUCACCAUUCCAAAGAUGCCUAUGGGUGAACCCUGGCAGUGAAGUUGUCUGGGGUUGAAGUUCAGAGGUUGAAGUGGGCCGGUGCUGACCGGUACAGAGAAGCAGCAUGUCUAAUGUUCUACUGCUUAUAGAAUACUGACUCUGAAAUAUGAAAUCCUUUAACAGUUAAAUUACAGUGAGUACAGUGACCUUUUUGAGUCCACUUCAAUCACUGGUUACAGGUUAGGGGAAGGAUAGUAAAAAUCUGGACAGGGCAACAAAUAAGAGUCUUUUUUUCUGUGGCUCUAUGGACUGGCAGCCAUAGAAAGGUACAUCGAUCAUUGAUGUAUUUAUCAAUGCUAAGUAUGCUUUUAUCACAGUGAACACUAUAGGGUUACAAUUUACUGGAUCUCUCUCAUCACUGCUCAACCUAGGUGUCCUGCGCUAGCCUCCCACCUAGUGGUCGGUGGUGGAAUGACACACAGCCGAAUGUAUGGACAGAUGGAUGAGUGAAUGAAUGGUGGCUCUCACACACUUUAUUUUGUGUGUGUGAGUUUGUGUGCCUGACAUAACUGGAGUUUUUAGAGGACAGGUAGCCUCAAAUGGUUGUCACUGUACAGAAUGCAUCUAGUUUUAAUAUUUGAAGCAAGCAUUAGUUUAUUAAAUAGGCAUUAGAUUUGAGAUUUGUGCUAGCAUCAUAGUGUUGCGUCAGACUACUGAGAAUGAAUUGGCUCCUGAGCUCUUAAGGAGGAGCUGAUUAACUCCUGAACUAUGGGGUGACUGCUGAUUGGCUCCUGAACCACUGGGAAGGCUCCUGAUUGGCUCCUGUAGUGGGAAGGUUCAUGAUUGGCACCUGAACGUUCCAUUUCUAUCUGCAUGAAUUCCAGAACUAUGAAGGAUAAUUAAUAAUACAUUUUUUAGGUUUUCUGUUUUUCUCUACAUCUGAUGUCUGAUGUUUACAGCAUAAGCUGAUAAUUUAUUUAGUCAAGAACUUUAUUAUUAUUUAUUAUGAUUUAUUUCCAAUUGUUUUUUGUGUUGUAUGUUUGUAUGGCUAUAAUAUUACAGGACUGUAAGCUCUGUUAAAUGAAUCUGCAAUAAUAACAAUCAUCUCUCCAACUGGAAGACACAUUACGUCAAACACUUUCAAAGACUGGUAGCCAUCGUCUCACGCCACGAAGCUUGACGACUCCCGUCUGCACUGCGUAGUUCAUGGCAACGCAUCUGUCGGGAAGACAGUGAAGGGUACCUGGAGAAGGUCUUUGUUACACGUUCAUAACCCUCAUUCAUAAGCAGCACUUAAGAAUUUUGUCAACACAACUUAUGUCAUGUCGAUCAUUUCUGCGUGAGUGACAUCACCGUCUUUGUCCAGUAAAAUGGACCCAUAGCAAUACUUCCGAAAGUUCAAACUCGUAAAUCUAAAUUGAGCCUAUUUGAACUCAGCCUGCUAACUGGGCAUUAUGUUUCUAUAUUAACAGCACUUUUCUGUAUAUUUUCUGUAAAGUCAUGUGAUUAAGAGUUCCUGUAACAUGAUUAAGCGUGUUAGAUUUCUACUGAUAUGUGUUACACCCUUCUGAGUCUUUAUAACCUCAGGUGUGAUAUUUGGCUCAUUAGUGAAGUAUCCAGUGAUUGAGUUCAUUAGUGAAAUACACAAACAUUAUGAACACUUGCUCUUUCCAUGACAUAGCUUUCACCUGGUCAGUCUAUGUUCCCUUAUUGAUGUCACUUGUUAAAUCCACUUCAAUCAGUGUAGAUGAAGGGGAGGAGACAGGUUAAAG